GACGAAGCUAGUAAUGGACUUCAUUACCGUAUACCCAGACGGGCUAUUGACACUUUCGCAAAAGUAGCUGUUCACACGAGAUCCUGGGAAUUACAGCUGUUAUCACUUUGGUAGAAGAUGGGUAGACCAUCCAGUGGAGGGAAAUUACGCUGUUUGAGUUGCUGUCCAUGUGGAUCGAAAAGGCCCACCAUUAACCAUGUGGAUAUUUCCAGCCCUUCAGCACCCAGACCGAUUGACAAUGCUGCUCCAGCCACACCCAAUUCCCACCAUGUUAACUUUGUGGGGGCCGGCAGUCUUCCGAAGCAAACCUUAGUUGGCGAUGCGCAUUGGCAGCCGAAAGACCUGGGAGACGUGGCGAUGAAGCUGAGAAAUGACGAAACCUUGUUUGAACGUCGUCAGAAGUACCAGUCCAUGUUCCAAGAUGCUCCUCUCUACCAGAUGUACAAUGAACGUGUUGCUCGAAGGGAACAUGGAGCGAAAACAAGUGUCAGGGUUAGUUCUGAUGACAUCAGUCAAACCAAUAGUCUCGAAUUUCAGGACACCAACUUCACUCUUAUUGACGAUGAGGACCCUACUGUGCAUCCCGGAGGUAAACCUGACAUUAAUUUGCUGGCUAGUGUUGCUUUCGACUUAUGGAGACAACGGGCGUCGGCAGCGGCAGCGGCUUCGACAGCAUUCAAACCACCCUUAUCUUCGCCAAAACGUGAAAGAUCCAAAAGCCCGGAACUCAAGAUUGCGGACAAUCGCGCGCGUUCCAGAUCACCCGAAGCUCGAUCUCCUACCCUAAAUUCAGUGGUCAAACGAACACCGAGUGAGCCGGUUGAAAUGCAGCGUUUCGCUGCACAAAUCGCCGGUACAGGGCCAAAGCGUGUGUCUUGGUCUAAUAUGCCUCAAGUAGUCGAAAAACGUUUAGCGGAAAAUCUCACUCCAGUGCAAAAAAAGCUUCAAGAGUCCCUUUUCGAAAUAAUGACUUCGGAGGCCUCCUACUUCCGGAGCCUCAACGUCCUCAUUGAGGUAUUCUACCGCGCCCCUUGCAUGCAAGCUGGGACAGAGGGAGCUUUAGUCACCCACACCGAAAAACAUCACUUGUUCUCGAAUAUUUUGGAAAUAAUCAUGACAAGUGAGAGUUUUCUACGUGCCAUGGAGGGCUGUUUCCGUAAAGACCCGUGGCUCACCAACCUCCUCGAAAUCGUCUACAAAUACUCUGAGGCAGACUUUCAGGCUUAUGUAACAUACGUGCAGAAUCAGACCUACCAGAAUCGCACAUUGUGUAAACUAAGGCAACACCCCGCAUUUCUAGAAGCAACAAAACAACUGCAAACACAUCCAGAGUGCGCCUUCCUUGAUUUGAACUCAUUCCUACUUCUUCCAAUGCAACGAGUGAUGCGAUUGCGUCUCCUAACAUCAACUGUACUGCAUUACGCUCCUAUGAACUCUGCUGUCUACCGAAGCGGUUUGGUUGCCUUGGCUUCGCUCGAACUGCUCCUAGCAGAAUGUGACAGCAAGAAGUUGUACAUGGAACAAAAGGAACGACUGAUGGAGCUUACCAUUCGCUUCGAAUACAAGCUGGAUGCUAAGUCAGUGGCAACUGAAAGUCGUCGGCUGAUCAAAGAAGGGGAGUUGCGACUGGUCACGGUCACCAAGCAGACUAGUAGUGCAUUUCAACGAAGGCUUUCUGGAAUUCGAAGACAGAAGGUUGUAAGCGCUAGUCUGUUUCUCUUCAACGAUCUGCUCAUCAUAGCAAAACAACGCAGCAAUAAAAAGCUGAUGGUUGAUGAUAGUUGUCCACUCACCGCAAUCACAACGCAAGCGAACGGUACCCCCGCAGGAGCUGUGAUAACCAGAUAUUAUAACUCGCAACAGUCAAAAGAAGACGAAGAGUUCUCAAGUUUCCCAACUGUGACUGACCGAAAAGAUUCCCUGUAUCAAAGUUCCUCCGAUAUGGAGGGUUUUGCCGUCUACCCCUUCAGCCUAUUUAUCGAGAGCCCAGAUCAUCCAAAAGCCGAAUAUAAGCUGCAAGCCAAAAGCUUAUCCGAACGAGAACGGUGGCUCGAUGCGCUAUACUGUCCCCAACUGCUGGCGAAACGUUCAUAUGCGGCCACAGCAGGCGACGAAUUGGAAUUAAGGGAGGGUGAUACAGCAUACCUGCUGGUUCGGCUCAGUGAUGGUUGGUGCAAAGGCAUGCUUCCAGACGGACGAAAAGGUUGGUUCCCAACUAGCGUAUGCGACGAAAUGAAUGACGCCACAAUCAAGCGUGAGAAUAUGAAGAACUGUUUGCUCAUGGAGGAGGCACGGAAUGCGUACAAACGAAGAAAAGCCAAAGAAAACUUCAUCGAAUUCCGCAAAGUCAAGGUUGUGAAGUGAGCAUCUUGCCAACCCAUCCGACCCCACCUAUGAGACAUUCCAGAGGACACGCAAUUUAUACGUUCAAUUCCAAUGGUGGCUGUGUUUUUACCGGUUGAUUAUUAUUAUUAUUGUUCCUAUUACCGUUAUUAUUUUUCAAUCACACCAAAUACGCUUUUGUAAUGGUUCGCUUUAUGCCGCCCAUCUAUCUAUCCCAAACGCAAACCAAAUGUAAAAUUCCCUUCGAAGCGUUGCCUCCCACCCGAUUCCACUCAAGUUGACUCCCUAUGUGAUGUACCAUGAAUUCUUAUCCUGGGUCUUAAUUUACAGUGCUG